AUGUUUCGAAAUCAAUACGACAAUGACGUUUCGACCUGGUCACCACAAGGCCGCAUCCAUCAAGUUGAGUAUGCUGUUGAAGCUGUCAAGCAAGGUUCAGCUGCUAUUGGCUUGAGGAGUAACGAAUACGCUAUCUUGUUGGGUCUCAAGCGUUCAUCGGGUGAUUUGGCAUCGUACCAGAAAAAGUUAAUCAAGGUGGAUGAUCAUAUGGGUAUUGCUAUUGCUGGUUUGACAUCAGACGCUCGUGUCUUAAGCAAUUUCAUGCGUACCGAAGCAAUGCGUUCCAAGAUGUUGUACGAUCGACCCCUUCCUGUUCAAAGAAUCGUUACUACCAUUGCAGACAAGGCUCAAAUCAAUACACAGCAAUAUGGCCGUCGACCUUAUGGUGUGGGAUUAUUGGUUGCUGGUUACGAUGAAACGGGUCCACACUUGUUUGAGGCAUCUCCUUCCGGUACUUGCUUUGAAUACUUUGCCAUGUCGAUUGGUGCUCGUUCUCAAUCUGCCAAGACCUAUCUCGAAAAGAGCUAUGAGCAAUUUGCUGAAGCUUCUUUGGAAGAACUUGUGCGACACGGCUUGUUGGCAUUGCGUGAUACUUUGCAACAGGAUAAAGAACUCAACAUUCACAACACUUCACUCGCUAUUGUUGGCAAGGACAAGAAAUUCCAAAUCAUCGAAGGAGAGGAUCUGCAGCCAUAUCUUGAAAUGUUGGGUGACGAAUCGGCAAGAUCUCGACGCAGUGGUACCACAGCAGCACAGCAAUCGACUACUACUACUACUACAGAAAACAGUGAUGUUGCACCUAUGGAUACUGAUGCAUGA